GACCUGAUCUGAAGAUGAAGAUGUCUUUACUCGGAGACAUAAACGAGCACAACUAGGGGAAUAAUGCUGUGAAGAUUAUAUAUUCAAGUAUGGAAGACCCCGGUGCUUUGACGGAUCAGUAAACACACAAGAUGACUGAAAACAACACAAGCACCGAGACAUGGACUCUUAUUCACCCGUCCGGGAGUCCUCAUGACCUCAUCUAUGACAUGCCAGUGGAUUACGAGGUCCCGGUGGACGAGAUUCCCGACACGACUCAGGGACGAGCGUUUUUCGUAGCCACCAUCGUCAUUGCGAUGGUCCUGGUUUGCAUUAUGCUGGUCUGUGGCGUUGGGAAUUGCGUGUUUAUCGCCUCGUUGGCACGUUACAAGAAAUUGAGGAAUCUGACCAAUUUGCUCAUCGCCAACUUGGCGAUAUCAGACUUUCUGGUGGCGACUGUGUGCUGCCCCUUUCUGGUGGAUUAUUACGUGGUCAAGCGGCUGUCGUGGGAUCAUGGGAUCGUGCUUUGUGUUUCCAUUAACUACCUGAGGACUGUGUCUCUCUACGUGUCCACCAAUGCCCUGCUGGCCAUCGCUGUGGACAGGUACAUGGCUAUCGUUCACCCGCUGAGGCCCCGUAUGAAGUAUCAGACAGCAUACUGGCUUAUAUUUGGGGUCUGGAUAAUCCCGGUUCUCAUCGCCGUACCGUCCGCAUACUUUGCCACAGUGCACGAGUACCCGCAUAGCACGCUCCACCACGACAAGAAGAUCUUCUGCGCCCAGAUCUGGUCUGCAGAUCAGCAGCUCAUGUACCGCUCCUACUUCCUCUUCAUCUUCAUCGUGGAGUUCCUGGGGCCCGUGGCCACCAUGUCAGUCUGUUACGCCCGGAUUUCAAAGGAGCUUUGGUUUAAGAAUGUUCCCGGAUUUCCAACUGAGCAACUUCGGAAGCGUCUACGACGGCGGCGCAGAACAGUCGUGGCACUAAUCGCGGUUUUGGCGGCGUACGUGCUGUGCUGGGCGCCGUAUUACAGUUUCACAUUGCUACGUGAUUUUUACCCGGCGCUGAUCACGCGAGGGCGGAAUUCUCUGGUCGUUUUUUACAUCAUCGAAUGCAUCGCUAUGAGCAACGGUGUCAUUAAUACUCUCUGUUUUGUGAGCGUUAGGAAUAAUGCAGUGAAGUGGCUCAGAGCGGUUAAAUUCACUAAGUGGCGCUCGCUGACGAGGGUUAUUGUUGGAAAGAUAGCCGAAGACGACAUUAGGACUUCCUCGUUGAGAGUGACCGAGGAUGUGGAAUGUACACGAAUCAAAUAAAAAAUCAUCAUCUUUCAUGAGGACCAAAAAAUAUUGACUUUGGAAGGAUCAGUGAAUUUAUUAAUAUGAGUUUUGAGAUGUAAAAUGGCUGAUCGCAAGAAUUUUCAGAUCGAUCAGAACAUUACUGAAGAUCACUGAUGUGUUUCAGCCAACAGCUGUGGUGUUUUGGUUUAGCGUCUUUUUGAUUUUGAGGCUUGAUUUAGCCACAAAUUUCUCUCUGUGUUUCA